AUGUCAAGUCUUUUGGAACCCGUCACUAUUGGCGGGAAACUUUCAUUGAGAAACCGAGUAGUCAUGGGUUCUAUGACAAGGAACCGCUGCGUGGACAGCUACAAGCCGGGCCCAUCGCAGGUCAAGCACUACACUGAUCGAGCCAGAGAUGGUGUCGGACUUAUCGUCAAUGAAGGCACUUUCGUCGAUUGGACUGGCUGUGACUGGGAAUAUGCACCCUUCAUGAUUACCAAGGACCACGCCGAGGCCUGGCGACAAGUGACCGAUGCAGUCCACAAGGAAGGGGGAAAGAUCUUCUUCCAAGCUUGGCAUGCGGGCCGCGUCCAACAUGAUCAGAUGCCUAUCAUGAAAGAAAUGAAAGGUCAAGUUUUGGCGCCGUCCAGCAUCAAGGCCGAAGGUGGUAAAUACCGUGAUCUACCAGGUUCGCCUGGACAUACGGAAAAUGUUGAAGAGAUUCAGGAGCCGCGAACGGUUGUUGAAACCUAUCGACGCUCCCUGGUGCUCGCUAAAAAAGCCGGCUUUGACGGCACAGAGCUGCUGGCUCAAGGUGGCUAUUUGCCCCAUCAAUUUCUCAACUCACGUGCCAAUAAACGAACAGAUACCUACGGUGGCUCGGUAGAAAACAGGUGCCGCUUUCUGUUGGAUAUUGUCGAUGCUGCUAGUGAGGUGUUUGGUGGACCUGAGUUUAUCUGCGUCAAACUCUGCCCCACGGAUUUCCUAAACGAUUCAAUGAUUGAUUUCGGAGAGAUGAAACAGACAUACACUUACUUGAUCAAAAAGUUGGUUUCACACAAGGUUGGGAUUAUCAACAUUUCUCGUCGUGGAGCCGACUGUCCCGGGAAUACUGGUGACUUUUAUAGCCUCUUUCCUAGACCAGAAGUUUAUCCUGUACCCAAGGGCUACGAUCCGGUCCUCGAUUUUGGACCCUUUGUUAAAUAUCCGGGAAGCCCUUCAAUGCUCAUGGCUAAUCAUGACUAUACGGUAGAGGAAGCCGACAGACUGAUCAAGGAGGACAAGCUCGACUUGAUUACAUUCGGCAGGCCGUUCAUCUAUAACCCUGAUGUCAUCUCUCGUAUAAGGCAUGGCAUUCCUUUCGCUGAGAACGAUCGCGGCAAUGAGAUCUUCUAUGGGCCAUACCAGACACCAGAUGAAGGCUACAAUGACUGGCCGGCUGCUGCCUUAUGA